ACAUGUUAAUAUAUACAAAUAUACAACACAAUAUAUUAAUACAAGAAUAUAUCACCACCAACAAAACAUUAAUAAGAACUAUCUCAGAAAAAUUAGAACAAUGGAGAAAAUAGAACAUUCAACCAUCACCACCAACGGAAUAAACAUGCACGUGGCAUCGAUCGGGACUGGUCCGGCGAUCCUGUUCCUCCACGGCUUCCCUGAGCUUUGGAUCUCCUGGCGCCACCAAAUGCUGUCUCUUUCCUCUCUUGGUUACCGCUGCAUUGCUCCCGAUCUUCGUGGCUACGGAGACACCGACGCGCCACCGUCUCCGGCGUCGUACACGGCUCUCCACGUUGUUGGUGACCUCGUUGGGCUAUUGGACCAUCUGGGUAUCGAGCAGGUGUUGUUGGUGGGCCAUGAUUGGGGAGCAGCCAUGGCUUGGUACCUCUGCUUGCUCAGGCCUGACAGAGUCAAAGCUUUGGUCAACCUUGGUGUGGUUUUCAUUCAUAGGAACCCUCACGUUAAAUUCUUUGAUGAAAGGUUUAAGACUCUUAUGGGGGAUGAUUUCUAUAUCUGCAGAUUUCAGGAAGAAAUAGGAGAGAUUGACCAAGAAUUGGGUUCUGUUGACACUGCAACAGUGCUUAAAAUAUUUCAUACUUCUUUUGAUACAACACCUCUUAUCAUUCCAAAAGGAGGAUUAGGAUUACUAAAACUUGUUGAGCCAUUACCCUCUUGGUUGUCCCAAGACUACAUCAAUUAUUGUGCAAACAAGUUCAACCAAAAGGGAUUCACUGGAGGAGUCAACUAUUAUCGAGCUUUGAACUUAAAUUGGGAACUUUUAGCACCAUGGACGGAAUCACAAAUCAAAGUUCCAACAAAGUUUAUAAGUGGGGAUAAAGACAGUACGUAUUGUUUCUUAGGUGGAAAAGAAUACAUAGAAAGUGGUGAAUUCAAGAAAGAUGUUCCUUCUCUCCAAGAAAUUGUGAUAAUAGAAGGUGUUGGUCACUAUAUCAACCAAGCCAGACCAGAGGAGAUUACCACUCACAUUUAUGAGUUUAUUAAGAAGUAUUGAUUUUGUACUGCAAGUUCAACAUUUGUAAGUUUAAUUAAGAUGUGAAAGUUAUUAUAUCAAGAAGUUCUUCACUCC